ACUAAUGUAGCAGAUUAUAAUAUGUUGGUUAAGAUUACAAAAAGGGUUAGGGUUAGCUCAAAUGCACACACAAAAAUAAAACUUUUGACAAAAACUGGAUCCCUUCUAGUCAUGGCCGUGUUUCUCCCACGGUGACAUGUCUUAAAAAAUGCCAGUUGCAUUACUUCGUUUUCACUUUCUAAAAUUUUAAUCAGCGAUUGUAGUUUUUUUGUUUUUAAUUAAUAAUGAGUUUUUCUAACAUUCUUGUAUUUUUGUAUUAUUAUAAUUGACGUUAAUGGUGUCGUGCAGGCGCGGCUGGGGUCUUUGCGGUUGGAAAAAGCGCCAAGUCCUGCGCACAUCGCGUGGUUUAGCAAAUGGUUAUACAAAUAUACUAUGUAAUUGAAUACGUUAUCGCAGAAAUCGAAAAUAAAGUACAACAUGACUCAGUAAGUGUGGAGCGCUGUUGUGUUGGCUGUAUCAUCAAAUACUAAAUACGGUCGAAGAUGCCCGGCCUACAGGGCGAUGCCGCGGCUCUCGGGAGCCCCAUCAAAAAGAGCAAACUCUCCCUGAAGUUUUUCCAGAAGAAGGAGACGAAGCGAGCCUUGGACUUCUCCGAACCUCAAGUAGAGGAACCAAAACCAGUCAGAGUUGAACCUGAGGAGCCUUCAAGCUGUGACCAGGUUGUGCCAAUCCCACUGCCUGGACCUGCCCCGUGUCCAACCUCUCCCAUCUGCCCAAGUGACAAGGGAGAGGAGACGCUGGUGCCCUUUGUUGGGCUCAAUAACCUGGGAAACACCUGUUACCUGAACAGCAUUCUACAGGUAUUGUACUACUGUCCUGGGCUCAGAGAUGGCAUCAAGAACCUCUACAGUUUGUCCAAAACAAGGGACAAGCAAAAGGAAGAGGCUGCUAAUAGUGAUGAGCAGACGGAGGGUCCAGAGGAGGCGGUGCCAGUACACAUGGAACUGCUGGGUAGUUUCCACAGUCUGAUCACCUCGGUAGAGCAGCUCCAGUCCAGCUACCUGCACAACCCUGACAAGUACAGUGAUGGGGAGCUGGCCACACCUCCACGCAAGCUACUAAACACACUCAGACAGCUGAACCCCAUGUACGAAGGCUACCUCCAGCACGAUGCCCAGGAGGUGCUGCAGUGCAUCCUGGGAUACAUCCAGGAGGCCUCCGAGACCAUCAGGAAGGAACAGGAGGACCAGGACGAUGUCAUAGAGGUCAAGCCAGGCAGUUCUGCCCCUGUGGGCACCAACGGGGCUUCAACAGAAGAGCAGGCCCAAACUUCAGAAACAUCACUUGAUGAUGAUGAUGGCCAAACCAGUGGUAAGAGGAAGAGCGAUACAGAGGCAGGCAAUGCCAAGAAGAAGCCAAAAUCUGUCAAGUCCAAGAAUGCUGCUGCUGUUGCAGCCAACGAUGGCAAACCCCUCACUCGCUCCAAGAGGAAGUCUACUGGUGGCAUCACUGUAGCGCCAAAAGACAAAGCUGAAGAAGAGGGGGAGAAGGAAAGUAAUGUGGAGGGGAAAGGAGAGGUAGAGGUGGCCCCUAAAGAGGUGGAGGUUAAGGGGAAGAAGAGGCCCAAGUUGUGCUGGCCGAGGCACUCUGGGAAGCAGCCCAGUAUCUUCUCUAAGUUCAUGAGUAUGGGACGGAUCAGCUGCCACACAGGAGGGAAGACCGAGACAGCCAAACCUGACCAGGAGGAGACGGGUCCUAGCCAACCUCAGGAGAAUGAUGAUGGGGAACACGGGAGGAACCCUCAGGAGAAGGUAACAGAAGUGCCCGAGGAGGAGAAAGCUAAAAGUGAAGAGUGCCUGGGUGUGGACAUGAUGGAGCAUCUGUUCCAGGGCUGUCUGGUGUUGAGGACGCGUUGUCUGGAGUGUGAGUGUUACACCGAGAGGAGAGAAGACUUCCAGGACAUCAGUGUCCCAGUGCAGGAGGAAGAACCCUGCAGCCCAGACAGCAGCUCAGAGGUCUCCCCUGAUCCCAAACCGGUGCUGAAGACUCUGAAGUGGGCCAUCUCCCAGUUUGCCUCAGUGGAGAGGAUUGUAGGGGAGGACAAGUACUUCUGUGAGACCUGCCACCACUACACAGAGGCUGAGAGGAGUCUCCUGUUUGAUAAAACCCCAGAGGUUGUCACUAUCCAUCUCAAGUGCUUCUCAGCCAACGGGUUAGAGAUGGACCCGUAUGGCGGCCUCUCAAAGGUGAACACCCCUCUACAGACCCCACUGAAGCUCUCUCUGGAGGAGUGGUGCACGCACCCCUCAGCCACUGCCACCGGAGGGCAGCACUACCAGCUGUUUGCUGUGGUCAUGCACAGCGGGGUCACCAUCUCCAGCGGACACUAUACCACUUACAUCAGGAUGAUGGACCUUAAGGACACCAAGGUCCGUCUGCCCGAGGGGGAUGAGAAGCAGGGAGAAGAGGACUGUGGCGGGAAAGUGCCGGGUCCGGAACCCAAAGAAGAGGUGCUGGAUUAUGACGAUGGGGAAGUGUCCUUCAGUCUCCGUGGUAAAGCAGGACAGAGUGGUUCUGUGAAUGCUAACUCCACCAACACCAGUAAGAUGGGCUCCAAGAAGGCUUCAGACGGGGUAGGACUUCUGGGGGGUCAGAGGAGCCUGUCCAGCUAUGACCUAGGGGGCAACAAGCAGACAACCAACCCAGACAAAGCUGCCUGUACUGGGGUAGAGAGCAACACCACCAGAUCAUCCAGACGGACCUCCAGUGCCCCGGGACACAGCGGUAGUGGAGGGGUUAAGAAGGAGCCUGGGGAGGGUGAGGGGGGCGAGGAGGCCUCUGUGGCUGGGUGUGAGGGGUUUGGGGUGGCUACGGAGCAGGCCCUAAGCAGCCUGCUGCAGUAUGAAGGGAAGUGGAUGCUGUUUGACGACUCUGAGGUGCGUCUCUUUGAGGAGGAGGACUUUCUGAGAGCCUGUUCUCCAGAAACCUGCUCCACAUCUACCCCAUAUCUUCUGUUCUAUAGGAGGGUCUGAAACUUCUCUGUUUGUGGGUGAAUUAAGUAUUUUCUCAGAUGUCAUAGGGAAGUGUUGAGAGCAUUGGAAAAGAUCUCCUGAGGUUUUGAGAACGAGUCAACUUGAGAUUCAGCCUGGUUGGCUUGCUGGGUUUGAUACUCCUGUCACUGAUGUUUAUAACCUGUAUAUGUCCUUUUUAAAAUGUUUUACUCUUCAGUUGACCCUCUUUUUUGUGUGCUGGGAAUAUAACAUUAGCAGUCUACAAAAAUGCACCUUCGCACUUAUGACAUCAAGCAACCUGUCCUUUGAUUUUCCUGCCCUUGUGUUGGAACUGGUCUGAAUGGAAAGUACACUAUUUUUUUUUUUUUUUUCCAGAUUAUUUUUUUAUAAAGAGCACAUUUUUAUUCUUGUACAUCUUUAUCCUGUUCUGGCUUCAUGCCUUCUGUCUGUUGAUUAAUGUUCAUACUGUUGGUCUGUCAGAAAUAAGAGGACUAGUUUUGUCCAUAAUGUUUAAGUUCAGAUAGAUUCAGGCACUGGCCGUCUGGUUCUUGGUGGAAGAACUUUUGCAUGUGAAAACUAAAUUACUUAUCUUGGUUGAUAUCAUUUUGUACAAGGUUUUAUAAGUGAAUUAAAGCAGUGAUGAAAUACCUAGCCAAUAAGAUAGACAAUCACUUUACAAAAUGCUAGUACAACAUUGCAUAGCUGUUAGUCUCAGAUUUGAUAUGUAUAGAGGGGGAAGUGGACUGUUGUUUUGGCUUCAGGGAUUGUCUACCCUAGGGCUCUAUUCAAUCCGUAUUGCAGAAGUUCAGCUUUAAAUUUAACGCCAAUGUUCCUGCUUUAGUGGAAACUGCAUUCACGGUAGACGCUGCGGAUAUCUGCUCAAUGGGGAAAUUACCUUUAAAUGUAUAUCGCGGAAUCUAAUGUUUCAGCUUUACAGAUUGAAUAGAGCCCCUAGUUUUGGCUUUUUCCUCGGUUGGUUUUCUCCUGAAGUUGUGCAGUUCUGUUCAAUGGCAGUACCUCAUUCCAGUGAAAAAGGUCUGUGGCCAUACUGUCUGACUUACUGGCCCUAUGAAAGAGCAUACCUAGAAUGAUAAAGUACUACACAAGCAAUAAAGUUUGAACUUUCAUGUAAAA